CGGGACACUGUUCAACAUGGCGAAGUCUAGGCUGGAAAUUAAUUUUGUUCGUUUACUGUCUCGGUGUGAGGCUAUGGCUUCCGAAAAGAGGGAGGAGGGGGAGUGGAGGCUGGAGAAGUUUGUCUGUGCCUUGGAAGAAAUGCUUGAUUCAAUAAAGAAAGACAACAGAAAGCCUGCUGCAGAACUUCUAGUUGAAUAUUCUCGAAAGGUGGACUUCUUAAAAGGGCUGUUAGAAGCUGAAAAACUGCCCUCUCCAAGUGAGAAAGCUCUGGCCAAUCAGUUUCUUGCUCCAGGCCGCACACCCACUAUAAGCAAGGAGCGAACACCAGUCACCAAGACAGUGCAUCUGCAAACCCAAGCACGCUAUACAGGGGAGAUGAGAAAUGAGUUGUUGGGAAAGGGCACUCUAGCUGCCAAUGAUUUUGGCGAUGUUUAUCCAAGAAAAAGGAAAGGCUCUGUUUCAGAUGACAAGCAAUCUGCGGCUGAGCUUGAUGCAGUGCUACAGCAUCAUCAUAAUCUACAAGAGAAACUGGCCGAGGAAAUGCUACGUCUCACCCAAAACCUAAAGAACAACACACUGGCAGCGCAGAAUGUUAUUAAACAGGAUAACCAGACACUGUCUCAUUCUAUCAAGUUGGCUGACCAGAACUUUGAAAAGCUAAAGACAGAAUCAGACCGCCUGGAGCAGCAUGCCAAGAAGUCUGUCAACUGGAUUCUCUGGAUUAUGCUCAUCUUUGUCUGCUUCACUUUUAUUAGCAUGAUUCUUUUUAUCAGAAUAUUUCCCAGGUUGCGGUGACAGUUAAAGCUAAGCAGCAUUCAUAGUACAUUGCUCAAGACACAAGCAACAAAUUUCCAAAAGGAAUUUGCAUUGCGUUUACUACUGCAGAUAGUACCACUAUUUUCAUAGUGGAAAAUGGAAUGGCAGAAAGAGUGCCACCUCAGCCUAAGGUCAUCUAAAAACUGGGCGCCUGCUUUCAGAUGCCAGUUAUACAGGUGUGUCAUAGAGAAACUUUCAUUGUCAGUAUUGGCAAGUGAUGCCACAGGAAAAUAAAAACCAUAUGACCUUAUCUUAAAUUUCAGGAAACUUGUCCUUAGCUUAUUUACAAAACAUUCCAUUUCACUCUCUUUGUUUAUGCCAAAAGCAAUAUAGCUUAAUUAAUAAGCUAUCAGAUCCAAGCAUUGGUUCCUCUGUAUUGAACUACGUUAUGAACUUCAUAGAAACCACAGUAUUUAUUAAAUAAAAUGCAACUGUUUAAUAUUUACUUUGUAGAAAGGCAUUUAUCAUAAUGAUUACCGCCUCCUUAGAAAGGUGUUGGCAGGCAAACAUAAGUUCCUUGGAUGCUGCCUUUGAAGACAGCUUUACAGCACUUGCUGUUUUCACAGUGCCAGGCAGUUUUACUGAAGUUGAGAAGGAUACCUACAGGGCUCACAGGAUGUGAAUAUUGAAAUCCCACAUGUUUUGCUUGUGAGUGCUCUAAAAAGUAAGUGUAACAGUGAAUCACAGUUCCUAAUGUGUUCACUUGUUUGCCUGCUACAAUAUUCGGGAUGAUAUCACAGACAGCAUGCACACACCAUUGACAGGGUCACCUUUAUGCAGAGGCAAAUGCCUCUCUUGUAAAGACAGCUCCUUUUCAAAAUUGAAGAUUUUUCAAUGAGGUCUGAAAAAGCAAUUGAAACAGAAAGUAAACAUACAUUUUAAUAAAGCAAACACAGUUCUUACAGA